CGGUUGAAUAGAGUCGUCGCAAGACUCAACGCAGCGUUUUGAUAUAUUAAAAGAAGCUCCGAUCCAAGAAGAAAGCCAUGGCUAAUCAAUCCAUGGGCAAGCGUAAAACCCCACUUUUCAAAAACCCAAAAAUACCCUUCUCCCUCUUUUUAAUUCUUGCUGAUGCACUUCUUGUUGCACUCAUAAUCACCUAUGUUCCAUAUACAAAGAUUGAUUGGGAUGCUUAUAUGUCACAGGUUAGUGGGUUUCUUGGAGGUGAAAGAGAUUACAGUAAAUUGGAAGGAGACACUGGCCCACUUGUUUAUCCUGCUGGUUUUCUUUAUGUUUAUUCUGCUAUUCAGUUUCUUACUGGUGCUCAAGUUUAUCCUGCUCAGGUUCUGUUUGGCUUUCUUUACAUUGCAAAUCUAGGAAUCAUCUUACUAGUUUAUCUGAAGACUGAGGCGGUUCCAUGGUGGGCACUAUCUUUGCUUUGUUUAUCUAAAAGGGUGCAUUCUAUCUUCGUACUUCGUUUGUUCAAUGACUGCAUUGCCAUGAUUUUGUUCAAUGCGUCAUUGCUUUCAUUACUUUAUCAAAAGUGGCAUCUGGGCUUGAUUAUUUUCAGCGGAGCUGUUUCAGUGAAGAUGAAUGUUCUUCUUUAUGCUCCACCUUUACUUCUACUCAUGUUUAAGGCUAUGAAUAUAUAUGGGGUGAUAUCUGCUUUAGCUGGUGCAGCAAUUGUGCAGAUACUUUUAGGGCUUCCUUUUAUUGUAUCAAAUCCGAUUUCAUAUUUUUCGAGAGCCUUCAAUCUUGGGCGUGUCUUCAUCCACUUUUGGUCUGUGAACUUCAAAUUUGUACCGGAACAUAUUUUUGUAUCGAAGAUCUUUGCUUUGUUCUUGCUAGUUGCCCAUCUUAGUCUGCUUGCAGUGUUUGCGAAUUAUAAGUGGUCCAAGUAUGAAGGAGGCAUACUUUCUUUCAUACAUAGUCGGAUGGUUCAAAUGAAGCUAAACUCUGCUGUUUCUAGUUCCUUCCCUCCAAAAAAAGUAAAUGAGGAGAGCUUAGCCUUUAAGGUUCUUCGCAACGAACAUAUCGUAACUACCAUGUUUGUCGGUAAUUUCAUCGGUAUUUUGUGCGCUCGAUCUCUGCAUUAUCAGUUUUACUCUUGGUAUUUUUAUACCAUACCAUAUCUAUUGUGGAAAACUUCUUUCCCGACAUUUCUACGCAUAAUCUUGUUUGUGGGGGUGGAAUUUUGCUGGAAUGUCUAUCCCUCAAAUACUUUCUCAUCUUUCCUGCUUCUUUGUAUCCACUUACUAAUAUUGUGGGGUCUGUGGCGCGCUCCACCAGAAUAUCCCUACGCAGAUGAUAAAUCAUCACCGGUAGAAAAGCGGAAAUAAAAUGCCUAUGUUUUAUCAUUAUGAAGAGUAGUUACCGGCUAAUGCAUAACCAUGACCAUUUAAGUUUUCCCGACCCUAAACUGUUGUAGAUGACUAAAUCUAAUUGUAUACCACAAUGUUGCGACACAAUUCUGAGUUUUCUCUUUUAAUGCUUGUACUUUAUUAGUGAGGAAGCUGGUGAAUUCAGAAGCAUACUAUGUUUAUUGAAUCGUGUAUAUUAUAUCUUCGUAUUAUUUGCAUUUUA